AUUUUUAAGGUCAGAGAAGAGGCACCAGGGUUUUGACUGGGUUGGCUUCUUCCUCUCUGUUACUCUCAGCAGAGACAGCUCUCAGCUUUGAUAAAGACUAGUUUGAACACUACUAUAAGAUCCUUGCUUCUCCCCCCUAACCCCAAAUUAAUGUCCAUCCCUUCCCAAGUUGUUCUUGACAGGGACACUUAGACUGAAGGUUGGGAUCAUUUCCAGUUUGAUCCAACUUGUCUGCUCCUGGUGAGAUCGUGGCCCACCAUGAAGUGCUGUCUCAUCUUCACUCUCCUGAGUGUAGCUGGAAUUAUUCUGACCAAAUAUUCUAAAACUGAAAUGUCAAACUUACCAGAAGAUUUUACUAUCCCUUACAUGGCCUAUCUGAAGUCCAGCUUAGAGCCCUGUGUGGGGUCUCUCAUUCACCCGGAGUGGGUCCUGACCGCUGCUCAUUGCCCCUUACCAGCUAAAAUUCGACUGGGAGUUCAUCAACCCAGCAUCAAACACAAGAAAGAGCAGAUACGGAAUAACACACUGACCAUGCCCUACCCUGAAUUCAAUGCACAAACUUUGGAAAAUGACCUGAUGAUGAUAAAACUGUCCAAGGCUGCUGUGCUCAACACCUAUGUGGGAACCAUAGCCAUAGCUUUGGAAUCUUUAUCAUCUAAUGAUUCCUGCUUUAUCCCAACCUGGAGUUGGAAUAACUAUAAAAACUCGAGUGACCCUGACAUCCUGAUUUGGACAAAUCAACAUUCUCUUCCCUCCCAUAAGUGUAACUUGGUGCUUGGUGACAGAAUGACUGUCAACAUCAUGUGUGUGGGACAACCUCUGAAAAUCAUGUCUGAAAUUAAGGAAGUGUCAGCUGCUCCAGCCAUCUGCGGUGGGAGAUUGCAUGGAAUCUUGUCCUGGGCAAAAGGAAGUGUCACUAUGGGAAGUGAAGGAUUCUUCACAGAAAUUCAUCCCUAUGCAAAAUGGAUCCUAAAAAUCAUAAACAGCUACUAAGGCUCCUCUGUUCCUCCAUCCCCUCAGUGCAAUAUCUUCAUGACUUCUACACUGGAUCCCAAACUCCUUUGAGCUUUCUUAUUCUUGAACAGAAUCCAAAUAAAAAGCAUCCAAUUAAAAAAUGA